AUGGAAGAUCAAAAUCCAAAGCCUCGGAUAGCUGCGUCGGCCAUGAAGACUGGCGCAGCGGGCGGAGGGGAGCGAGGUCGCCCCUACGUCGAUAGUCAGACCCAAGAUGACGAAAAAACGAACGAAAGUAGGACAAUGGUGUGCGAUGUCGACACGAAAAAAGUUACAGACAAUAGUAGUGGAGAAUCGAGUAGUGACAGCGAAGAGAUGCCAGAGGGUUACGGAGAGGAAGAAUCGGACAAAUCAGAGGAUGCCGAUCUUGAUAGUACAAUUAGAUAUCUAGAAGAUGCCGAAAAUCCAGAGCUGGGUAGUGGCGAGGGGGAAAAAACGGAUAUGGAAACGUUAGAUAUGACAUCUAUGGAACAAAUUAAGGGAAAACAGCAGUUGUGGUCGACAACUAGUCUGGUUGAUUUAGAAAGUGAAACUCCACAAAGAGUAAGAACUUGGUCCUUCGACAGCACGAGUAUGAAAAGGAGAAGAACAGAGUCCGCAGAUGAAGAACAGGAGCUAGAAGACGCAGACAACGAACAAGCGAAAAAAGUUAAGAAAGGAAUAGAAAAUAUUAUGAAUUUGAUAAAAACAUUAAAACGGAACGAGGAACAAAAUACAAAGAGGGAAAUUAAAGGGGCAAUUCAAAAGUUGGAAAGGCAGGCAGAUAUAUUUAAUAGAAAAGAAACGAAAGAAUGGAUACAAGGGUUGGGAGAGAAAAGGGCGAAAAGCAGAGGAAAGGAAGUGAAGGAAAUGAGCACCCAGACAGAAACGGAAGAGGAGAGAGGGGAGAGGUUGCAAGAAAUAAUGAUGGAACGAGAGAUAAACGAGGCGGCUACAUUUCAACAGUGGAAAAUAGUAGCUGAAAAAAAUUGGAAAGAGAGAUAUUACCGAAAAACCAGAAUAAAAGAAGGAAACCCACUUUGGCAACAAGAGAUAGAGACGAGGGUGGUGGUUGUAGAACCUGAUGACGAUGACAUGACUCGUAGCCUUCAGAACCAAUUUAAAAGGGCGUACCCAGUACUAGCCGAGUUAAAAGAACGAUAUGAAGAAGUAGAACUGACGACAAAGACGAAAAUAAGAGGGAUAGAAAGAGAAAGAAAGGAAAAGGUGAUAAAACUAAUAAUUGAGAAAUCGGACAUCUCUGUUUGGAAAAUGAUGCAGGAAUUAAAAGAACGAAACGAGGGAGAAACGAAAAUUGCAAUACAUCACUUAAGACAAAUGCCUUUGAGCAAGUAUAGAAAGAUGCUAGAGAUAGUGUUUCGAGAUACAGAUAUACAAAUAGAUAUAUAUACAACACAAGCAAAAAUAGAAGAAGAAAAAGACAGAAACAUACAAAACGAAAGAAGAACAUUUGCGAUUAUAGUGGAAAGACCAGGGAAGACAUAUGAAGAGACGAUAAGAGGAAUAAAACAACGGUUACAAGGAAAAAAGGAAGCAAACAAGAUAGAGGGGAUAAGAAGCACAAGGGACGGAAAAGUCUUAAUCACUACUCAAAAAGAUAAAGAGGCCGUGAUGGAGAUACAGAAAGUAUUGAGAGAUGAGGAUGGGCAGAAGGUGACAGAUAGAGGAAUAAAAGAGAGAAAACAGACUAAGACGAUUUAUAUAAGAGGGCUAAUGAUAACAACAGAGAAGGAUGAAAUAAUACAGGCAAUAAAUAGGGAUACGGGUUGUGAGAAAAACAAUAUAAAGAUGAGCACAUUAAGACCAUAUGCGGAGAGCAUGAUGGCGGUGACAGUAGAGAUGGAGGAAGAUAAAGCAAAGAAGUUGACGAGUAACAAAAGAAUUAGAAUAGGGUUAGCGAUGUGCUCCGUAGAAGAGAGAGCUCAGAUUAAAAAGUGCUUGAAAUGUUGGUCACCACAACAUCUGAUUAGAGACUGUACAGGACCGGAUAGGAGAAAUUGCUGUUACAACUGCGGAUUAGAAGGGCAUCUGACAAAAGAAUGCGCGAACCCAACUAGAUGUCCAAACUGCGAAAAGGAAGGGCACAGAGCAGCGAGUAUGGGGUGUGAGAUGUACAGAUCUCAGAUUAAAGAGGGAAAACGAGUAAAGAGAAACCGACAGGUAAAGGAAGGGGGGGAGGAAAGCGCACAGCAGCAAAGUGAAAGAGUAGGAAGGAUUGAGGAGAAAAAUAAUGUAGAAUUGAGUAAAGCGGGAAGUCAAGAGAAAUUUAAAGGAGAAGAGUCCAAGAGUCCAUGGUAG